AGCUGCUUUUGCACCAUUUGGAAGAAUAUCGUAAGUAACAGAAGAUAAAUUUAAAUGGAUUUUAAUUAGAAACAGGCUUAUAUAGAAUUUGAAAAUCUGUUACGAAUUUUAACCCUUCCACAUAAUUUGUUAUGUUGUUUAGAGACCAUUUAAGCCAUUAACAGCCAAAGAUUGUUUCCCCAUUGAUAAAUCUUUGGUCUUCCAAGUAUUUUAAAAUCCUUUUUCAGUUAGCAUUAGCUCUUAAGAGACAAAUUUGCUAUGGUACAUACUGUUUCUUAUGUAAGUGUCUUGCUUAGCUUGGUCAUAAUCUUUAGUAAUCUUGUGCUCUGACUGAGGAAUUUAGCCUCUUGGGGUACUUCUAUGAUACCAUGCAUUUUGUAUUAAUAUAUUUUAACAAAAAGAAACCUUAACAAUUCAACCUAAAAAGCAGUUGUUAAAUAUUAAUCCCCAGGUAUCUACCCUUUUGUCGUUGUUACUUUUAAAAAUAAUGCCUUUUAGUAUUUUGUGGAGCACUGUCUUGGUUGCAUUUCUUAAUAAUCGUAUAGUUUAGGCCCUUUGUAAGUAGCUCGCUCAAGGUAUUGUUCAUCAUAAAAGAAUCUUAAUAUUUUGAAAAGCAUGCCAUAGUGGAGUAAGAAUAAGUUGAUUAUAGUAUUAGAAGUACUUGUUGAAUUUAGAAAACAGAAUCCUGGGGUUUCUGGUUGCUUUUUUAUUGCUGUUCCAGCUAGAAGAGUAGUAAAAAGGAAACGUUAGCUUUGGUUUGGUUUGAGGAACAGAACAACAGCAGAGAUGAGAAGGUGAGGAGACUGGAAAGUAAAUGCUAAUAGUAUUGGUAGUAAAUCUGGGGAGUGUUCAUUUGAAGAGUUGUAGUUCAUUGGUAGGAGGAUGAAAAUGAACAGUGACCAAAGAAUGGCCACAGGUAGAGGCCAACUUUAAAGGCAGGCAGAUUAGGGUUUAUAAAUGGACUCUUCUGUUAGGCAACAUUUUUCUUUUGUCUGUGAGAACUGAUUAGGAAAGUAAGUAAAGUUCUAGUUUCUUGAUUGUUCCUUUUAAUCUGUCAGUAGGGUGUUGAUGAUGGUUAGCUUGCUUUCAAAUACCUAGACUGGAAGGUGUUAACCUUUGGCAGCUCAAAAGCUCUGUAAGUGUACAAAAUUUUGUGUUUGUUUUCUUUUUGGUGUGGAGUAUCUUUUUAAGUUUUAUCCUAUUUUCAGAGUAGUCACAGGACCAUAAAAGGAUUAAAGAAGGAUUAAAGAACCCUGAUCUAGAUCUUUGCUGCUUCCUCCUUAGAGAAUCCUUUCAGAAAUAAGUAAGACUUAAAUAUAUUUCAAGGCUAACAUAUCCUGAAACUUAACUUUAAGAAGAAAAAAAUUUUCUAACAUUUUAACAGAUUCAAUAGCUGUCUUUUUAAAUGCUUUGAUUUUGAUUGAAGUAGCUUUUCUGAAAACAUGGGGAUUUUAGUUUGGGAUUAAGUAAAGAUUGUUUAACAAUCAGCGAGUUCAAGUUACAUGACAUUCUAAUUUUAAUAAUGACUUUUUAAUCAUGGAUCAGUAAUUUCUUUUUGUUAAAUAUGUUGGUAUCAUAGUCUAGAUUUUUUUAUGAUCAACCAUGAUUAUUGAUGUAUAUAUAUAUAUUUUUUUUUUGGUGAGGUCUUUAUAAUUUACAAUUUAUGGAUUAUAAUUUUCAGUGGAGGUAAUAUAUAAUAUCUGAGUUUUAGGCUACCCAAGGAGUUAUUGUUUCUAAAUUUAAAAGAACCAUUUUAAGUUAGCAUCAUUUCCCGAUUUUUUUGUUAAAGGAAAUAAAUUGGUAAAUACAUAUUGAACGGUUCUCAUGAUAGCCAGAUAUUCUCUGUAGAGAUCCUGCAAUAGUACUCAGUUUAUAGAUGGUGUUCAGUAAGUGGUGGCCUGUUAAAAUAUGUAGUAUAAAAAAAAAAUGUAGUAUAAAAGAUACGGUACUUUCCUACACUAAUUUAUACAGUUUAUACUCUAUUCCUUGAGCUUAGGGUAGUCUAACAAAUUUUGGUAUAAAAGUGAAUCAACUACCAAAUUAAAUGCAUGUGUACCAUACCAAUAAUUUAAUAAGUAUUUUUUCAUAUUGAGACGUGACUUGCAUUAGUUUUCCCUUUUCACCAGCACCUCUUUGUCAUUUUGACCCUAAACACUUAAUAAAUCACUCCUAAAUUGAUCAAAAUAUGCUUAUGUAUACUUUAAUAUAAAAUUAUAUUGCAUGGCUUUCUGACUUGGGUUUUUGUUGUGAAAGUGCCUGUUUUGUUCAUGUGUCCUGAGAGAACAAGCAUUGUGACAUACCUGGCUAACUUAAAAGCAGAUUGCCUGUGAAGCACAAUUUGAGUCCCAAUUUUUUGAGAGAUGCCCGAGUGGUAAAAGACAUGGCAACAGGAAAGUCUAAAGGAUAUGGCUUUGUCUCCUUUUUCAACAAAUGGGAUGCCGAAAACGCCAUUCAACAGAUGGGUGGCCAGUGGCUUGGUGGAAGACAAAUCAGAACUAACUGGGCAACCCGAAAGCCUCCAGCUCCAAAGAGUACAUAUGAGUCAAACACCAAACAGCUAUCAUAUGAUGAGGUUGUAAAUCAGUCUAGUCCGAGCAACUGUACUGUAUACUGUGGAGGUGUCACUUCUGGGCUGACAGAACAACUAAUGCGUCAGACUUUUUCACCAUUUGGACAAAUAAUGGAAAUUCGAGUCUUUCCAGAUAAAGGAUAUUCAUUUGUUCGGUUCAAUUCCCAUGAAAGUGCAGCACAUGCAAUCGUUUCUGUUAAUGGAACUACCAUUGAAGGUCAUGUGGUGAAAUGCUAUUGGGGGAAAGAAACUCUUGAUAUGAUAAAUCCUGUGCAACAGCAGAAUCAAAUUGGAUAUCCACAAGCUUAUGGCCAGUGGGGCCAGUGGUAUGGAAAUGCGCAACAGAUUGGCCAGUAUAUGCCUAAUGGUUGGCAGGUACCUGCAUAUGGAAUGUAUGGCCAAGCAUGGAAUCAGCAGGGAUUUAAUCAGACACAGUCUUCCGCACCGUGGAUGGGACCAAAUUAUGGAGUGCAGCCACCUCCAGGACAGAAUGGCAGUAUGUUGCCUAAUCAGCCCGCAGGGUACCGAGUGGCAGGGUAUGAAACCCAGUGAAAGAGGACUCCAUAAUCUACAGCCAGUGGCUUGAGGCUACAGGGAGUGUAGUAAAGCCGUGUUUACUUAAAGAUUUAUCAAAUCAGUCAGUGCAAAUGUCAGAUACAAUGUAUUUAUUUAAAAGAUUCAUUUUUUAAUCAUGAAAUUACUUAUCAUCCACAUUGUUUUAAAAAGAAACAAGAUGCUGGAUGUCUGCCAAUUUUUGCCUUCAUUACCUUUUUUGAUAAAGUUUCUCAGAUCCUUGUUUCAAAUACAAAUGCAGGGAUUGCUGCCACUUUUUUAAAAUUAAGAGGCAGAAAAUUGCACAAUGUUGAACUUUUUUCCACUAAAGUAGUGUGCAGUUCUAGUUUGCAUUCCUGAUAUGAUUUAAAACAUGUAAUAUAAAGAUGUCAAAAAAAAAAAUGAAGAACCAAAACUGUGCAAAGUCUAGAAGUUCUUUGUAAUCUUCAGCUUGUGCACAAUUCUGUUUUAGGUUUGUUUUUGUUUUUGUUUUUUUAAGGCAUUGUUUGAACUGUCCCAUCUCCACUGUUUCCCUUCAGGGUUUUAAAAUAUAAAUUAUUAGUUUACAUCAUUUUUGUAACUACAUUUUUCACAAAUUUGUCUUGCCUUAUUAAAUUUCUGUAAAAUAUACUUAAAUGGGGAAAAAAUGAUGUUCACUUAGAUUGAAAACUUUUCUCAGAUGGAUUGAUAAUUGCAUUCAUUUUGUGUUUUAUAUGAGAAGGUGCCUCAAGAAUUCCCUCUUGGAUUUGUUUAAAGGAUUUUUAUCUUCUCUGAUAAACUCUGCUGUGUACCAGGAAAUAUAAAAACAAAAACUUGCUACUCAAGAAAAUCUCUGAAAUGUGAGAAGUUCUUAUGAGCCCGUGUUAAUUUCAUGUAUCAACUUCUACAUUUACAUGUAUUGUUUCAUUCUGUAAAAUGUUUAGCAAUUUAAUAUUUUGCACAGUUAGCAAGCUUUGUACGUCAUUUCCUUCUGAAAGGCAUCAAUCAUGCAGAGUUGACAGGAGAUUUCUAAGGUUUUAAGUUGUUUGCAUGUGAAUAUCAAAUACACACUUUGGUAGUCUUUGAAUACAAAGUCAUCUGGUCUUGUUUUUCAAGAAUUUUGAGACACGAAGUUGUAUGUAAAGGAAUAUAUUAAUUUGCCAUUUUCUAGUUAUAUUUACUCAAAAAGAGUAAAUCAACUUAGUUUUAAUAUGUACAAAUGACAGCUGUGAAACUGUAGAAUAUCCUAUAUCAGGCUUGGAGUUCAUUGUGAACUUUAAAAUUAGCCUGAAGGACCAGCCGGGCAAAGCAUUUUUUAAAUGUUCAGAGGCCAAAAGAUAAACAAACAAACAAAAAAACCUUAAAAUCCUACCUCCUUAAACAGCCUUCAAAGAGGAGAAUCCUCAGUGCAAUCAUUAUUUUGAUUCUUUUGGUACCUGUUUCCUGGAGUUCCCAAUUUUUUUAUUUUGGGGUGGCUCCGAGCAUUAAGAGGUUUAAUCUUUGAUGGCAUUGUUCUAGUUUUGAAAUUUCUAGUACAUUUCAGAGUCUCUUAGAAACGUUGUGGGAGAUUUUUGUUUUGUUUUCAGUGAAAGUCACAAACUUUCUUCUUCCUUUACUCACAAAGGGGAAGAGUCCCCAGUAUACUUAUUUGGAUGGUUUGUUAUUUUUAAGACCUUCAGAGAGCUCCUAGCAUUUAGCCGCAGAAAAGGCCUGUGAAAUCUUAAGUUUCCUGGCCUUGUCUCUUCCAGGUAGGAGCAAAUUAAACUGGUCUCUAAAGCCAAUAUUCAUGUAAACCAGAGCCCAGGAAAGACAGCUCAUAAGUGUAUAAUUCUCUGGAGCUCAAUUCUAUGCAGUUGUACUGAUGUUUCAUUAUGUCACUGUGUAUUUUUAAGUGUUGAUACAUUAAAUGUUGCUUUAUGGAAGAUGAGUAAAUUUUUUAAAUACUUGGGAAUUUUAUUUCCUUGUUAACGUCUACAGAUCAGGGCAUGCAACCAGAAGCAGCUUAAAUGAAAUACUCAAAAAAUAAAAUAUCAGGAAGCUAUUUUUAGAUUCUUCUGGUUUAUGUUUCUAUUUUAGGACCCUCAUUAUUUUUCUUACUCAAAAAUAUUUUAUUUCCUAUACAUCUAUGGACUGCAGGGUAAAUUAUUUGGGCAUAAGUAAUUUAAGCAAAAGUAUAGUUUUUCUUUCAUUUUGGCUUUCUCAAGUAACACUUUUUAUUAGCCAGUAUAUUUUCUUAUUGCACAAAUCUUAAAGUAUACAUUAACUACUUUUUGAGAAGAAAGUGGUAUUUCUCAAAAAGUUACUACUGAACAAAUUGACAUUUCAGGAACAUUGCUAACUUUGGUUUAAAUCUUACUCCUAGUGUUAAAAUCAUUUAAAGACUUUUUUAGUCUAAAAAUAAAACUGGUAUUACUAUCAGGUGAGGAAAUUAAAGUUUUAAAAAUGGUUUCAUUCUCUGCAAUAUGCAUUCAGAUUUUACUAUAAUAUAUCUGGUACUGUAAAGAACCUGAAGUGAUUCACACUUUAAUGGGUCGUUAAUUCAGUAUUCUUUGCCCUGUUUGGAUAUUAAAGUUCCUUUAUGUUUUCUAUAA